CGUGAGCGAUGGAGACGCUACUGAUCCAGGCUGACAGGGCAGUGCUUCCAGGAGGCGUGCUGGAGGAGGACCCAGUGUACGUGGCAGUGGAGGGAGGGAGGAUAUCCGGAGUAUUCAGAGGCCGCUCCUUCAUCCAUAAUAAUUGUGGCCUUCCUCCCAGUCACCAGGACCUGACACUGACAGAGUUCCAGAGUCUACUUGACUCCAUGCCCAGUCUUCGUAUGAUGACCAUCAGCCCUCACCUUGACACCUCCAACAACUACCUCCGCAUUCAGGCUCUUGUGAACAGAGGUAUUCUGCCAGCCCUGGGUCACGAUAAAGUGGCCACUGAGAGUGAGAUUCUGGGAGCUCUGGCUGUGGCUCGACCGGGACACACCAUGCACAUAACACAUCUCUUCAACGUGUCCUCUUUCCACCAUAGACAGCCGAGUCUGGUGAACUUUGGCCUGGUGGAGAAGCUCCCCAGCCUCCCACAGUACCGGGAGCUCCAGCCACCAACCGUGGAGGUCAUUGGAGAUCUAGCUCACCUCCAUCCCCUGACAGUGAGCACCAUUCUGAGGAGUCGGAGCUUCAAGAACAUUUGUUUUGUGACGGACUCAGUCUCGCAGCCUGUUCCAGGGCAAGUCAUCCGCUACCUAGACAGACAGUUGCAGGUAUCCCCUAAUGGCCGUACCAUGUCCCUGGUGGGGUCGGACACCAUAGCUGGUAGCUGCUGCUCCAUGGUGGACAUACUGCACAACCUGGUGGAGAUACUGGACGUCCCAGUGGGCCAGGCAGUGGCCAUGCUCUCAGAGAACCCUGCCAGGAUAGUGGGACUGAAGCAUGUAGGGGGCAUUGAGACUGGGAAGAGGGCAGAUCUGUGUUUCUUUGACGAGGACCUGCACCUCCAGCACACCAUGGUGGCAGGCAGGCUGGAAUACUCAGCCAGAACCGAACAACCCCCCAGAACUGUCAAAUCUAAAAUGUGUGUGCAUUUAUAGUGUUUCUAUGAUGUAUCCCCAUUGGCUGGGGGGUAUUCCCUACCACUAGCCCAUGCGUUACAUUUUGUCAAUUCAGCAUCCAUCGGGGUGCCGUUUGUGUCUUCAGACCACGAGAAUGAUUCCCCAACCGUUUUCUGGCCUGUCCGGAGCUCCGCUGAGCUGGCUAUGAAGUGAUCGUACUAGCUCUUGGAUGUGUUCUCCCGAGUUUUAAUCAGUCUUCCUUGUCGCGACCUCCAGGUAUCAGCGUCUCCUGCCACCGCCGGGUCGUCUUCCUGCUGACACGCCUUGUUGUUCCCCGGUCUACUCUCACCUCACAUAGAACGCCAGGGGCCGGGAACGUAGCCAGGUUGUUCCGAAGGUGGAGCGGGACACUCACUAGCGGACUUACAAGCUACAUAGGAGGGCAAGGAAGUACAAUGUCAUAUCCGUGGAGCAGGUUGAACACUGUACCUCGGUGGACACUGGCAUUUGUUGCUGGGAUUCUCAUUGGUUGGACCACAUAUGCUGUGAACACCAGACUCUACCGCGAACCUGAAAUAGAAAUGAUGCCCCUACCCAGAACUAUUCCCUCCUUUGCAAGAAGUGUUAAUGUUUACGCAGGUAAUCUAUCCCACACUCACCACUCAGAGCCCCACGUUCCUCCCAAGUACUACGCAAAAGACAAGUUUGAUCUACAGAGCUGGCAGUAUUUCACUCCUUUGGCCGUCUUUGACGAUAGUACUGUGAGUAUGGUGCACUGGAGACAUGCAGACCACAAUGCUGACGCUGGCAUCAAGACAGCACUAGAACAUGCGACCCAGUUAGUGAGUAGAGAGCUUGGGAAGAGUGUUCGAAUGAAGGACCUCACCGGUGGGUAUGUCAGGUACAACCCCACACGAGGCUACGAGUACAUCGUCGACGCAAGCUACGUAGACACAUGCUUAAACUGCGUGGCCAAACCUUUCUCUAGACGUGUCAGUUUUGUGCAGGUUCCGUCAGAUCCCAUAGCCCUACCAGACAUAGCCGCCUCCAAUAGAGUCGUCAACGUCGUAGUGCCAAUCUCUAAUGUCAACAAUCGCUUUUUAGAGUUUAUGGGAAACUUUGAGACAGACUUUCUGAAGCACAAGGACGCAGUCCACCUGGUGCUUGUGGUCUAUCAGGAGGACACCUCUGAACUGGAGAAGACAAUUGAUCACUACCGCUCCCGCCACAAGUCGGCCCGAAUAUCCCUCAUCCACGGUGAGGGGACCUUCUCCCGUGGUCGGGCGCUCCAUCACGGGAUUUCUUCUCUAGGAAACGACGACCUCGUCUUCAUCUGCGACGUCGACAUCACCAUAGAGCGUUCCUUCAUGGACCGCUGCAGGCGUAACACUAUCCAGGGUCAGAGGGUGUUUUACCCCGUGGUCUUCAAACUCUACGACCCGAGACACUCCCACACCAAAAACCCAAAGUCGGGAAAACCUCCAAUCAACAGGCAGAGUGGCCACUGGUUCUACUAUAGCUACGGGAUGCUCUGCAUA